AUGCAGCAGCAUCCUGCCUCUACCCCGACGUGCUGGAAGGCCUCGAAGGCUUAUCAGCUUCGGGGGCCAUCAUUGGGGCGAUUACCAACGGUGCCGGCAACCCGCAGCAGAUCGCGAAGUUGGCUCCCUUCUUUUCUUUUUGUGCUUCCGGUGAGGAGGAUGCCAUCUUCCCCCACCGGAAGCCGUCACCGGUCAUUUUCGAAGCGGCCAUUGCGAGAGCAAGGGAUUUGGGCUGGAGUGGCAGUCUUCAGUCAUGGUGGCAUGUGGGCGACGAUCCAGCGACGGAUGUCAGCGCCGCUGCUCGCGUCGGCCUCCGGACCGUGCUGGUGA